CUUUAUUACCCGGUGCGGCUCAAUUAUCCUGUUUUGUUUCCAACGUGGCGGGCGCACUCCGCUGCGUUCGGCGAUGAGCACCAGUAAGCGACACGGUUGAGUGAGUCUAUAGUGAAUCGCGUAUAAAAGGCAGCUAGGGAGGGCCUCAGAAGCCAACAACUCACUGGUCUUCACCUUCUACACUCUCGAGCAUUUCCAUUCGCUCCCCACUCUCCUUCUUUCACCCACUUUCAACUUCAUCCAUCACGAUGUUCGCCAAGCUCGCUGUCGCCUUCCUUACCCUUUCCGGCGCCGCCUUCGCGAUGCCCGUUCACACCCUUGAGGCUCGCAACCUCGGACGGGCCACCUACUACGACCCGAACGGCGGCUAUGGCGCCUGCGGCAACCCUCUCCAGAACACGGACAUGAUUGUCGCGCUCUCUGCUGACCAGUACCUCGCUGGCGCUAACUGCGGCAAGCAGCUCGUUGCGACCCACGCCGGCAAGUCCGUCACCGUUACCGUGGCCGACCUUUGCCCUGGCUGCGCCGCCAACGGCCUCGAUCUCUCGAGCACAGCGUUCGCGCAGCUCGCAGCCCUUGGAGAGGGCAACAUUGACGUCGACUGGCACUUCGUCUAAGUGCUGAUCAGCACGCUGUACAUUUACAAGUGCCAUCGCGUCGGGCAUCUC